CGCGCCGCCCCGAGGCGGCGCUAACGGCGGGCAAAGAACUUCUCACGUUACUAAACAGCUCGGAGACGGAAGGUGACGCCGACUACAACGGGUACACGGAGCUCGACGCGCUCUCCGACUCGCAGCAGGCCGACGAUACGCACAGUACCAGAGAUGCAGCGAGCGUCCGAGCGGAGAGUGCCGGCGCGUUCCUGGUGGAGCGCGCGCUGUCCGGCGCCUCGUCCGCGGAGCGGGGCGCGCCCCACGCCAUGCCCCGCGCGCAGGCCUGGCUGCUGCUGGGGGAUCUGUGCCUCAGGUUAGGCAGAGUGAGUGCGGCGGCGGGCUGCGUCAGCGAGGCGGCGGCGCUGACGCCUUACAGCCAUUUAGUUUUAUAUACGCGGGGUUUGGUCCACGCGGCGAGCAACGAGUGGGAAGAAGCUCGCCAGUGUUUCCAAAACGCACUCGCGAUACACCCCACACAUUUGGACAGCAUGGUGCAAUUAGGCGCGGCGUACUACCAAUUAGGCUGGCUCCGUUUAGCCGAGAAAUGGUUACGCGAAGCCGCAGUCUUAGACCCUUCAGGGGCAGAAACUUGGAGAGUGUUAGCUUUAGUAUUGUGCGCUUUAGGAGACCCCGCUCAAGCCGCAGAUGCCGCAGCUGCGGCUUUAGCUCUACGGCCCACAAGACCGGCUUUAACUACCCAUCUACCCAUGUAGCUAAGCGAUACUGGUUCCCAACCAGUACUGCAGAUAUGGACCCAAUAACGAUGACUCUAAAGGUUAUUUUCUGACGUCCUCAUCAGUGAAAACGAAGUUUUUUGUGACUUUUUAAAGUGCGGCAAUGUCUACUACAUCUGCAAUCAUUGUGACCUCGUUUGCCGAUGUAGCUAAUUAAUACUGGUCUGCGGACAGUACUGAAAAUGCAACCAUUUCUAGAAUUAAGGGCCCUGUAACGUCAUCAGUGAAACCGAACUUUUUUGGGACUGUUUAAAGUGCGGCAAUGUCUACUAGAUCUGCAAUCAUUGUGACGUCGUUUGCCGAUGUAGCUAACUACCAUUUUCUCAAUUAAGGACCCUGUGACGUCAU